UAGUAUGCAAGAGCGGUCUCAGUUCAGUUCAAUGUUGCCGGCGCCGGAGUCUGCAAUAUCCCACCAAUUCUCUGCGUCGUUCGAUAGUUAGUACCCACCAAUUAUCAAUCUCGACGAUAUGUUCAUCGUUAAACCCCGACGACCGACCGCCGCUCUCCACAACCUCACUCUUCGGACACUCUCCUCCUCUUCCGUCCCCGAUACUAUUCUCGUCGAUAGGGCUAUCUCCUUCCUCAAGAGCAAUUCUAUAUCCCUUCUCGAUUCUCUUUCUUCCCAGUUCACUCCCUUGUCCGCUUCCUAUUUACUCCUCCAUUCCCAGAACAACCAGAAUCUCAUCCUUCAUUUUGUCAACUGGGCCAAGAAUCGCCCUUUCUUGGACCUCCAAUGUAAAUGUCAGGCCGUUCACAUUCUAACCAGGUUUAGGCAGUACAAGGUCGCACAAUCCCUCGUGGAGGAUUUUGCAGUCAAUGACGCUGCUGCCGCGGAGGAUGAGUCCGGGGAGAUGGUAUUCCGUUGCCUCGAGGAGUCUUACCAUCUUUGCAAUUCGAGUUCAGCAGUUGUUGAUCUUGUGGUAAAGGGUUUCUCUCGCGUUAGAAUGAUUCAAAAAGCUAUUAACAUCAUUAGUUUGGCUAAAAAAAGUGGUCUCAUGCCCACUGUUCUGUCUUACAAUGCAGUCAUCGAUGCGAUUGUCAGAACUCACGGGUCUGUUGAAUUGGCUGAAGAAAUGUACGAUAAUAUGCUACGAAAUCGCGUUUCCCCAAAUGUUUUCACUUAUAAUAUACUGAUUUGGGGUCUCUGUCGUAUUAAGGAAUUGGAUAGGGGCUUAUGGCUUUUCAAUGAGAUGCAAAAGAAUGGGUGUUUGCCCAAUGUUGUCACCUGUAACACCUUAAUAGAUGGUUACUGUAAGUUAAGGAGGAUUGACGAUGCCUUUGGUUUAAUGAAUUCAAUGCAAGAGAAAGGCUUGGACCCGAACUUGAUCACGUUUAAUGUGAUAAUCAAUGGUUUGUGUAGGGAGGGUAGGAUGAAGGAAACAUGUGAAGUUCUUGAGAAGAUGAAAUGGAUGAGUUACCUCCCAGAUGAGGUGACAUACAAUACCCUCGUCAAUGGGUACUGCAAAACCGGUGAUUUCCACCAAGCACUUGUCUUGCACAAGGAAAUGGUUGGUAAUGGUCUCUCUCCCAAUGUUGUCACAUACACAUCUCUGAUCAAUAGCAUGUGUAAAGCAGGCAACUUGAAUCGCGCACUCCAGCUGUUUGAUGAAAUGCAUGUUAGAGGUCUCUUUCCAAAUGAGAGAACAUACACAACACUGAUCGACGGCUUCUCACAACGGGGAUUGUUGGAUAAAGCUCAAGAAAUCCUGAGCAAAAUGGUUGAAUCUGGAUUCCACCCUUCAAUUAUAACGCACAAUACUCUAAUAAAUGGAUAUUGCCUUGUGGGAAAGAUGGAAGACGCUUUGGGUAUCAUGAAGGACAUGAUGGGAAAGGGAUUAUCUCCAGAUGUGGUAAGUUACAGCACGAUUAUAUCCGGGUAUUGUAGGAAAAUGGAGAUAGGCUUAGCUUUUCAGAUGAAACAAGAGAUGAUGAACCGAGGAAUCAUACCCGAUGCUGUUACAUAUUCAACACUGAUUCGUGGCUUAUGUCUGGAGGGAAGAUUGCCAGACGCUUUCCACUUUCUGCAGGAGAUGUGGAGAAUGGGAUUGCAACCCGAUGAAUGUACAUACACAACGCUCAUAAAUGGUUACUGUACAGAAGGUGAAAUCGAGGGCGCCCUUCAUUUGCAUGAUCAGAUGAUCCGGGAAGGCUUGCUUCCAGAUGUCGUGACCUACAGCGUGCUAAUAAACGGUCUAAACAAGGAAGCACGAGAAAAGGAGGCCAAACAAGCCCUUUUCAAGUUAUCUAUUCCAUUUGAAGAUUUGAUGUCUUACAAGAGGCUGAUGGAUGGUUGCAGCAGCUCGGACUUUAAGAACGCUGCAGCUCUAAUAAAAGGAUUUUGUAUGAAAGGAUUGAUGAAUGAAGCGGACAAGGUGUUGGAAGCCAUGAUCGAAAGAAGCUGCAAACCAAGCGAAGCGGUUUACAAUAUUAUGAUACACGGGCAUUCAGUGAAGGGCAAUUUAGACAGGGCUUGUGGUUUAUACUAUGAAAUGAUUGGUUUAGGAUUCAUGCCACAUGCGGUUACUGUCAUUGCUUUGAUUAAAGAACUGUACAAACAGGGGAGAGCGGAGGAGACGAGUCGGGUUGUAGAGAAUACACUGUGUAACUGUAAGGUUCAUGAUGCUGAGGUGGCGAAAGAGUUGGUUAGAGUAAAUCAUAAAGAAGGGAACAUGUCUGCUGUGUUGGAUACUCUAACUCAAAUGGCAAGAGAUGGGCUUCUUCCUAAUGCUACUACUGAAACCGCCCCUGCUUGGAGAGAUAGAUAGGUUAACCAAGUUGUAAUUUGAUUCUUUCACAAGGAAUUGACUGACAUUGAAAGCCUUAGAGGGACCCAAAAUACACGUUUGGUCCUGCUCCUGCGACGGCACAUAAUGAUGGAAAUGCAUUGAAAGUCAUAUUUGUUAGCGGUCUAUUCUUCUUCUGAUGAGUUAACCGGGUUUGAGUUAAUGGUGGUUGGGUGCAAUUUUGGCUCGCUAAAUCUUCCCAUUAGAUUAUUAUUUUAUGAUCAAUUCAGGAAAUAGGGCUUGUUUAUUGCGUUUUGUACACAAACCAAAUAACCAGUGCUAUUGAUUGUUAUAAGAAUAAUUAUAAGAUAAUACAUUCACACCUACUUUUGU